CUUUGACUUCCCUCUGCCCAGCCCUCUGAAGGUGUUUGAGAUGUUGGUGGUUCCAGAGCAGGAGUACCCCAUGGUGUGUGUAGCCAUCAGCCAGGCCACGGAGCCAGGCCAAGUUGUCCGCUUUGAGACCAUCAACCUCAACUCCUGCUCCUCCUGGUUCACUGAGAUGGGAUCAAGUAAGGAACAAACACACACACACAGAGACAGAGACAGAGACAGAGACAGAGAGAGAGAGAGGGGGAGAGAGACAGAGAGAGGGAGAGAGAGAGAGAGAGAGAGAGAGAGAGAGAGAGACUCCUACUUGUUCACUGAGAUGGGAUCAAUAGGCACCAAACGGAAGAGAACUGAAACUUGGAAGGACUAUCUAGACUACCUGAAAUGCUCAUUUUCUGUUGCAAAACAUGUCGUUUUAAAACGGUGAACACAACCCUAGAUUCAUACAGUAUGUACACAUUGAAACACCCCCUACCAUUUUGAUCUCUUCCUGGUUUCCAGUAGGGAUGUCUUUAUGCUAACCAUUAUUUUCUAUAUGUCAUCCCUUAGCUGGACAAGCAGUGGACGCAGUCCAUGUGACCCAGCUGGAGAGAGACACAGUGCUAGUGUGCUUGGACAGUAAGUAUGACCUCUGACCCCACAGAGAUGAUGACCUCCUGCACUUUGGUUGCGUCCCAAAUGUCACCCUAUUCCCUAUGUAGUGCACUACUUUUGACCAGGGUCCAUAGAUGCAAGGCCCAUAGGGCUCUGGUCAAAAGUAGUGCACUAUAUAGGGAAUAGGGUGCUACUUGGGACGCCCCUUCAGUCUAACUAGUCCUGCACUGCACUGAGAAAGUAGAAAAGCUAUUCAUCGUUUGCCCUACACUCAUUUACAUUUUAUUUAACCAGGAAAAGACCUUUGAGGUUAGAAACCUAUUUUUUCGAGGGGCACCUGGCAAGAGGUCAGCAGGAAGUUGUCUGCGUGUUCACACAACGCAAUACAAUACAAUACAAUACAAUACAAUACAAUACAAUACAACGCAAUACAACGCAAUACAAUACAAUACAACGCAACGCAACGCAACGCAACGCAACGCAACGCAACGCAACGCAACGCAACGCAACGCAACGCAACGCAACGCAACGCAACGCAACACAAUACAAUACAAUACAAUACAACACAAUACAAUACUUUUAAAAAUGUCAGCCUUUGCCCAACCCCUUCAAAUUAAAAUGCAUUCAAGUGAGAAGUUGUGGGUGGGGGGUAUUGCUCAUAAAUAUUCAUUGUGGGGGGGGGUAAACCUAGUUGGACCUGAUCCCAACACUUUCUCACUAAAGCAUACUUACUAGAUGUCCACUGGCACACUGAUAAUAAAAUGAUGUGCAUCGCGAGCAAAGACUGCUCUGGACAGUUGGCUCACAGUGGUAAGGCUCUGGACAGUUGGCUCACAGGGUAAGGCUCUGGACAGUUGGCUCACAGUGGUAAGGCUCUGGACAGUUGGCUCACAGUGGUAAGGCUCUGGACAGUUGCUCACAGUGGUAAGGCUCGACAGUUUGGCUCACAGUGGUAGGCUCUGGACAGUUGGCUCACAGUGGUAAUGGGUCUGGACAUUGCUCACAUGGUAAGGCUCUGGACAGUUGGCUCACAGUGCUAAGGCUCUGGACAGUUGGCUCACAGUGGUAAGGCUCUGGACAGUUGGCUCACAGUGGUAAGGCUCUGGACAGUUGGCUCACAGUGGUAAGGCUCUGGACAGUUGGCUCACAGUGGUAAGGCUCUGGACAGUUGGCUCACAGUGGUAAGGCUCUGGACAGUUGGCUCACAGUGGUAAGGCUCUGGACAGUUGGCUCACAGUGGUAAGGCUCUGGACAGUUGGCUCACAGUGGUAAGGCUCUGGACAGUUGGCUCACAGUGGUAAGGCUCAAGCCACUUGCGGUGUAAGUUUGAAUCCCCCCCCAUGGGGCGCAAAACAAAUCUUAGAGAUGUGGACUCACAUUUAUUGCGAUAUUGUGUUGGGAAGAAAAGCGCAAUCGUCACCCUUGAAAAUUAAGAUUAGGGGCUCAAUUCAAUCUGACCUGCAUUGCAGUAUUUACGCAGGAGCUCUUUUUCAAAUGGUCAAAUUAACUCACAGAUUGGUCUUGGGUACUGUAUAAAAACCUGACAUGUUUCAAUUGACAUGUUUCACUAUAACUAAGCCUGAAACAUCUGGUUUUCACAUGAAUUAAUUUUUUUCAUAAAAGUUACUCUAAAACAGUCACGAUGGUCAACAACAUUCUCCUCUAUCAGAGCUUUAAACUCAGACAGCGAUACCCGGUUUUUCUCCGGUUUUUUAAAGUAUUUUGCAGCUCAUUCUGAGACCAAGGAGCGUUUUAUAAAUUAGCACAGUUAUCUUUGACCCCAUUUCAGGAACCGCGAAAGAUCGCAGCAGCUGAGAACGGACCCUAAGUUUGUGAUGACCUUGCAAGUGAGGAUGUAUAAACGCCUGCUUUUAUCUCCGGCCCACUAUUCUAAAGCCUUUUAUCUCCGGCCCACUAUUCUAAAGCCUUUUAUCUCCGGCCCACUAUUCUAAAGCCUUUUAUCUCCGGCCCACUAUUCUAAAGCCUUUUAUCUCCGGCCCACUAUUCUAAAGCGUUUUAUCUCCGGCCCACUAUUCUAAAGAGUUUUAUCUCCGGCCCACUAUUCUAAAGCGUUUUAUCUCCGGCCCACUAUUCUAAAGCCUUUUAUCUCCGGCCCACUAUUCUAAAGCCUUUUAUCUCCGGCCCACUAUUCUAAAGCCUUUUAUCUCCGGCCCACUAUUCUAAAGCGUUUUAUCUCCGGCCCACUAUUCUAAAGCCUUUUAUCUCCGGCCCCACUAUUCUAAAGCUUUUAUCUCCGGCCCACUAUUCUAAAGCAUUUUAUCUCCGGCCCACUAUUCUAAAGCGUUUUAUCUCCGGCCCACUAUUCUAAAGCGUUUUAUCUCCGGCCCACUAUUCUAAAGCGUUAUUGCUCUUUUUCCUUGUAGAGAAUCUGAAGAUCGUGAACCUCCAGGGAAGAUUAAAGUCCAACAAAAAGCUAGCCUCGGAACUCAGCUUUGACUUCGCCGUUGGAUCCGUUGGUACGAUGAGCUCUUUAAUAUUAUUCAACCCCCCCACUACUCGACCUUCAGUGUUAUAACGUAGUUAUGGUUUCCCUGUAUUCGUAUCCUGUUAGCCUUUCUUCAACCACCAGGCAUCCCUUUUUUGUUCAUGUCAACCAUGGACCAUUGUAUAUUCAUGUGUUCGAUGAUAUCCUCCCUGUCUUUAACAUUCCCUCUCCUCCAGUGAAGGCGUUAUACUUUGUGUAAUAACUGUGUGUAAAUAACGAGGUGUAUGAUAACUGCCCUCCUGCUUCAGUGUGCCUUCAGGAUAGUGUUCUGGCCUUCUGGAGGCACGGCAUGCAGGGAAAGAGCUUCAAGUCCAACGAGGUAGGUGUUACU